AAGCAAUCGGUCAGUCACCCACAGAAGCCCGUCUUUAUCAGCUGGACGCGCCGUACUUGAAGAUGGGAACAAUGAAGGUUUUCUUGGAGAACAUCCGCAGCAUGGCGCGGAGCCCUACGCAAUACAACCGGACUCAGCAGGAGAGAAUAGCCUCUCAGGAAGCUGAGUUUGAAGCUGCGGUUGCCGCCUCCCUUGUCGAAGCUGGUGGUUAUGGGUAUCCGGUGCUGCCUGCAUCAGGCGGCGCCGGCGCCGGCGGCACGCAAGGCGAUGAGGCCGCCGCCAUCGCCGCCGCCAUCGGAGCCUCGCUCGACAUGCACGAGGCCGCUGAUGCUGGCUCUCAGGGCAACGGUGCCAGCAGCAGCGGCGGCGGCGGUCGCGGCAAGAAGGGCGGCGCCCACCCCGACCCAGCGCCGUUCGCGGGAGGCUUCGACGGCACCCACGGCUCCCAAGACUUGGCAUUUCUGAGCGACGUCCCGUUGCUCCCGCCCGCCCCCGCUCCCACCCAGACAGGCAGGGGUGGUGGCGAUGCUGGUGCUGGUGCUGGAGCUGGUGCUAGUGGGGAAGACGUACGGAAAGGCCGGGGCGCGUGGAGCGGGGGCGCAAUGUUUGGGGGGUCGUUGGUGCCGCGCCAGCCACGGGCCCCCUCCUCCGGUAGAGGGCGAGCGGCCGAGGACGAAGCGCUGGCCAGGCGCCUGCAGGACCAGUGGCUCUCGGAAAAUGCUGCGGGCCCCGGCGGCGGCGGGUUCGGCGGCGGGUUCGGCGGCGGGUUCGGGGGUCAGUGGCCAGGCGGCGGGAUCGGUCACUUUUCGGGGAAAGGCCCUUCCGCACUGGGUGUGCGUAUAUGCGCGGGCUGCUCGAUGCCGAUAACCGACGCCGUGUUUCGCCAGGGUGCCAUGGGGGAGAGUUUCCACAUGGGCUGCAUGCCGGGGGGAGAGUCGCCCCUUCCCGCCUGCAAGGUGUGCCAUGAACGGCUGCCUGCCCAAGACGGGCGGAUCCACUUCUACCGCCACAACUUCUUCCACGAAGUGUACUGCCCAUGGCAUAACGACAGCUCGCCACGGUGCUACAGCUGCAUGCGGCUGGAGCCCAUGCCACAGCCAACAGGAAAAGGCGGGGAGGGAGCGUUCGCUGAGCUGUCGGAUGGCCGAGUGCUGUGCAUGGCGUGCGCACAGACGGCGGUGGUGGAUUCCUCCGAGGGGGCCCCGGCGUUUCAGGAGGUGUGCACCUUCUUCGAGAAGGUGCUGAACUUGCCGGUGUCGAACGAGAUGCGGGGAUCUCCGGUGUUGGUUGUGGACUCCCCCACUCUGAACGAACAGACGCAUCUGGACCAGAAGCACGGAGCCGGUUCAGAGAAGGGCAUGCCCACCACGAGAGGGUUAACUCUGUCAGAGGUGGCAACGGUAAUGCACAUGGCUCCCGGGGCGAUGCAUUUCGACGCCAAGCAAGGCCGAUUCGUCGUCGGCCCUCGCAGCCAGGUUAAUCUGGGCGAGCGAAGGGCCGUGACGGCUAUCCUGGUGCUGUGCGGCCUCCCGUAUGCGUCCUUCAGCGCCAUACUGGCCCACGAGGCCACGCACGCCUACCUCAAGCUCGACCCCUCCUUCUCGUCUCGACUACCGGCGCAGGUAGAAGAAGGCAUCUGCCAGUUGGUCUCCCUGCUGUGGCUCGAGCACCUCGGGGGGAGGGGCACCGGCGACGAGGAGGUGCGGCAGCGCAGGCGACGGGGUCCCGGCCACGGAGCCCCCCCCUCCAAUGAGGAGCUCCGCCAGUUCUUCGUCCACCAGAUCAAGACCGAUACCUCGGUCGUCUACGGCGACGGUUUCAGGAAGGCGAAAGCGGUGUACGACGCUGUUGGCUUGGAGUCUCUGCUAGACCACGUGAAACGCUACGAUAGCUUCCCGGCGAUUUGACCUUCCUCUUUUUCUCUUGCUGCCUGGUGAUGCUACCAACAUAUUGUCGCCUCAUGGUACAUAGAAGAAGUUGGUCGAUGGCUGUGUUUUUGGUCAGAAGGGCGUCUAGGCCGUUUUCCGUGUGCGUUGGAGAGUGCGUCCCGUCUCCCCUCCCCCACACGCGCGUUUUGUGUGUUUCACCGCGUGAGAGUAUUAACUCGCAGCUGGUCUCUGCCUUGUUGUACCUUCCGCAUGUUCUACCUCUAGUUGUUUUUGAUACCCUGUUGCCUGGGCGACCUGGAUGAGUGCACACGAAACACUCUCCGAUCAUUACAUGGAACUCGCGGAACCAGCCCAGAAUAACGGGUACUGGUAGGCGUGCAGCUCAUCUCGACACGGUUUUCACACUGGUAUUUUGGGGGAGGGCGAGAGACGAACGGGUGCUACAUUUAUCAUUUUUGUUGACGGUGAUUAAAGAUGGUGUGCCCCCUGGAAAAAACGUUGAGGCGUGCAUGUGAGAGACAUGGACGGAAUUCGUCAGAGGGCAGAUUUGGUUCGAGCGUGGACACGGAGCGGCGGAUAAAAUCUUAGACGUAGAGAGACGGGUGACGAGGGUGAAUUACGGUCUCGCCAGCCGCUUCCCCGGGUAUGGGCGCUGAUGAGCUAAGCUGCUCAUACGAUCGUUGCUCGCUUGAGAUGAGCUGAGGAGUGGAGGAAGGAAAGGUGGUUCGUUCUUGUUGGUGCAGAGCAGUGAGUUUUGCGAUUUUUCUUGUGUUUUUCUUCGUAUUUGUUGUGGGUGGUUGUCCCUUUGUGGUUCUGUUGGCCGGGUCUUCGCCCCUCGGUGUUCGUUUUUCGCACAACGUGCAUAUCAUGGUCGCACAGGAAGAGGGGCUCGUCUACACCAGAACAAUUGCCUUCUUUCUUUUCUCCUUUUCUCCUUUUCUCCAACGUGCGAACACGACGAGAAGCAAUUCCCACGGGUUUUGACGCCUACAGCUUGGGGAAGAGGCACAGUAUCGUGCGAGUGUAUGUAGUGAGAGCCGAUCCGUUGCUGAGCGUGCCGCCACCCCUAAAGAAUAAGGUGUUAAUAGCCACACAACAGCAGUCGAAGUCGAGCCGUUGGUCGGGUGUGCCGACCAGGAAGUGGCAAGUGCCUUUGUGGUUGUAGCGGCGAGUCUUGUGGCGGCGUGGUUGACAGUAAGUAAUCUAGACUGUUGUGAAAUGUCUGCGUGUUCAUGUCUGCGUGUUGUUAUUUUUAGCACCGGCCGCGCGCUAACCGGCUGACGAAUGAAAAGACGUCAGUCUCAGCGCGGCUGAAAACGGAGAGCGAUUCUAAGCGCUACGCACGUCAGUGUGUGUGUGUGUGUGUGUGUGUGUGUGUGUGUGUGUGUGUGUUUUGUGUGUGCUUUUUUCGGGUGUGGCUCGUUGUUGUCCUCUUGGUGGUGCAGUACGCGUGCAUGCAUAUUCAUGGUUUUCUUGGCAACCGCUCGCUUGUUGAACCACCACGCCUCAAACCAUGCCCCUGUUGCUUGAGGCCCGAUAAUUUCGUGAUUUUGCUUCUACUGCUGUAUGGAUGUAUUUGUGUCUUUCUGUCUUCACGUUCCCCACGCCUUGGUUGUUGUGAUUUCACACGGGGAUUGUUUGUCUAUCUAUCUUGUCUCUUGCAGCAGGGGCCAAAUAUGUUCCCGCACCCAUUGCACGAUUUUUUUCAUUCACUUGCUUUUUUUUUCGUACCUUGUUUCGUUGUACCUUAAAUAAAGGCUGUUUCUGAGUAGGGAGUAGUAGGUGGUGGAUGGUGUAGUCUAUCAUUUUUUCUCCGCGGCAGUGGGUCCGAGCAUGUCUUGGGUUGAGCCGCGGGUGUCAACCGCGAGCUCUCUCCCCAUGUUUGUCCAGCGGUCGGAUUGAAACGCUGUGGGCAUCCUGCUGGUGUUGAUGGUGUACCCUGACCGAAGCGCUGUAGCCGGAGCAUCUUUUGAGAUGCUGUGUAGCGUACGAAUGCCCUUGUGCUUGAUAGUUGCCAUAUUUUUUUGUCCUUCCUUGACUGGUGUUUUGACUGCACCAGGGACGACGUGAGCAUGUGUCUCGUUGUUUCUGACAGGCUUGUUGACCGUGUGUUCAAGCGUUAUAGUGUGUGUUUGGGCGGCUCUCGCAGCUCUGCGUAGUAAGAGUCAAAAGAAGCGUCAUAUUGUGUGUGCCCCAGGUGUCGCUUGGCAUCAGGGUUUGUUAGACUGUACUUCUAUACUUCGCAUUGUAGACUAAAUAUUUUGUUUGUGUACGAACAACGAUGAAUAUCAUCGUGCCAAUUAUUGCACCUCUGCUUGCGUUGUUUUUGAUUGCUCGCUGAUGUGGAAAGAGAGAAGGAUUGAUGACAAUAUGUCACCCGGUUCCAUGCCAUGCAUGCAUGGUGUUCUGAGACAAAAUACCUUCGAAAUGCCAUACACGUCACACAGCACAAGACGAACUCCGAGGGAAAUCAUCGUGUGCUCAUUUUCACCGAUCGAUGCUGCCGGAUAAAAAGAUGGAAGAGAAGGAGCGUGAAAUGAAAUUGAUACUAGUACGUGUGUAGGGUCAGAAACCUGACGUUUCUGCUUGAUGACCUUCUAUUUACACGCGAUCCAAGGAGCAAGACUCUGGUUGUACACGUAGUGAUGCGUGUACGGGGGGCUUUUGAAUCCGCAGUAAAAUGACGGUCGCGUCUGGCCGGGUCACAUUUUGACUACGUGUACACCACGGACCGAGUCUUUGCUAGAUUUUGGGAUUACAGUGGUAUUUUUCCGGCCCCCAGCCCAGGCACAAUUGAUUAAUAUCUCCACUAUGCAGACGAUUCACACAGCAAACUAUAUAUCAUGUGAAAGCUAUGAACGAGAGCUUUCGAAUGAACACACUUUUGGCUGCGGCAAACAAGAUGGGCACGAGCUACGCUUGGUUGACCGUUUUCAUAGAAUCGGCGAGAAAUGGGAAAAACGCGCAAUCGACGACGAAGACUUUUUUUGCCGCAAAAAAAAGUUCCAUUUUUGGAAUCACCGCAAAAAAUGGGUUCUAAAAACGUUUGGUUGGAACCUCCGAGCGUCUCUGCAUACAGUAGCAGAGGAAAAUUUCAAAUUUCUCAGGGCGUGCAGGGUACGCUUUUGCCACAGAUCUUGGGCGGGACCAUGGACCCCGAUACAGAUGCGCUGCUGCAUGUGAAGGGAACUCUGCCUGCUGAGUACGAGCUCGGAGAACUCGAGGUGCACAGAGGGGCUCCACGAAAGUACCGCAUUGGUCUGAAAGCAAGACACAGCAGCCAGGCCGGCCAGCCGUUACUUCAGUGGCACAGCCGGACGUUCACCACGAAGAGUGCACGUCGCAG